AUGAAAUGCUUGAAGACAUAUGCCAAGAAAAUGUGUGAAGACAAUGAUGUCCCUAUCGGAGACAUCAUGUAUUUCAUCGAUUCUGGCGACAUUUUCUUUAUGCUCAUAGACCUCAAAAUUACCCUUAUCAAACUUUGCGAGGGAAAUAGGGUGAAGAGAAUGCAGGAAUUGAAGGAUGCCUUAGAAUCGAAGGACUUCAAGAAUGGGCUAUAUAACCGUUUGUUUGCAUGUAUGCUGUUGCCAAAUAUCACAGCAUAUGUUACUAAUACUCAGCAUCAUAUAAUGGACUUCAUUACCACUCAUUCCAAUGUCUUCAAAAUUCCUCCUGGAAUGCUCGAGGAUGUCGAACUCAGAGCUCAGUUGGGCAAAUUGGUUACAAAGCUACUUACAGGCAUUUGGAGUGUCAUCAAGAAUGCCCUCACCGCAUCAAUUGUCAAGCACACGAGCAUUGCUGAUGUGAUGAGGGCACUUGCACACAGUGGGUCUGGUAUGGAAGUUGACUCUACUCAUUGGAACAGGAUCGCGCUCCUGCGGCGUCUUCUACGAAUUUUUCUCAUUGGAGUCAGUGACUACAAAAAUGCUUCCAUCAACGAUUUAUUUUCCCCUUACCUUAUUCCAUUGCUUAAGCAGGAUAUGCAGUGCAAAGUUGAAUGUGAACUUGGUGUCAACAUUGCACAACUUGAAGAUGACUUGUUUGGCACUAACAAUGCACUUGGGUCUAACAAUCAGGCCUCCCCAGACACUCCAACAGGUAAUGGUCACGCACCCAGCGCUAGGAGGAUUGAGAAUGGUGCCAACAUGGAUGAUGAAGAGCUCAAGGACCAAAGUGGAGUGCAGCUGGGUGGUGGGGAUGCUAAUGGAGAGGAAGAGGAAUUGAAUGGGCUUGGGAACAGUGUUGAAACUGCUGCAGUCUUACUAGAUGAUCCACUGGACUCCAGAUUUGGACUGGUUGAAGGUACUCCAGCACACUACACCAAUACCAUCAGAUUCUGGAACUUUGUCAAUCACUCGCUCUUAGUCAUGUGCCAAAUAUCUAAGGAAGCCUCCUCGACUCCUGCUGAGCAAGAGAAGGAGUUGCAGAAGUUGUUCAUUGAAAUAUUCCAAGCUGAUCUUGCUGAGUUUCCUGGUGGCAAGAAGCAGCAGCAGCAGCAUUCAAAUCUGCUGGCAUUCCAUCCUGCCAAAGAUUUGCCUCCUGCUGAUCAAAUGCCUCCUCCACCUGAUGCGAGAACAGUGGACUUGGACUUGGACUUGGAAGAUGAGUUUGAUAAUGGUGCAGAUUGGUUGGAUGGUCCAGCUGCUCCUUCACAGUUUAAGACAGCAAAAAAAGACUUGUUUGUGCUUGCAGCAUCCAGUGGUAUUGAUUUACAUGCACCCUACCUGUGUGAACUGCUCAAUUUAAUUGGAAAACAACCUGCACACCUGGGUUCCAGACUAACAAAGAAGGCUGCCACUAAAAACCUGUCCUCAUCUGUCCCCAACCCUUCUGCUUGGGACAAGUGGAAAUAA